AUGCCCGGAACCACCACAGAUUACUCCAAGUACGAUGCCAUCCCCGGUCCUCUUGGCCUCGCUUCUGCCUCUCUCGCCGGCAAGGUCGCGCUCGUCACCGGUGCGGGCCGCGGAAUUGGCCGUGAGAUGGCCCUCGAGCUCGGCCGCCGCGGCGCCAAGGUGAUUGUCAACUAUGCCAACAGCGUCGAGUCGGCCGAGGAGGUCGUCCAGCAGAUCAAGAAGUCGGGCUCCGACGCCGCCGCCAUCAAGGCCAACGUGUCGGACGUGGACCAGAUCGUCGCCCUGUUCGCCGAGGCCGUCAAGGUCUUUGGCCGCCUCGACAUUGUGUGCUCCAACAGCGGCGUCGUCUCGUUCGGCCACGUCAAGGACGUCACGCCCGAGGAGUUUGACCGCGUCUUCACCAUCAACACGCGCGGCCAGUUCUUCGUCGCGCGCGAGGCCCACAAGCACCUCGAGGUCGGCGGCCGCCUGAUCCUCAUGGGCAGCAUCACGGGCCAGGCAAAGGGCGUGCCCAAGCACGCCGUGUACAGCGGCAGCAAGGGCGCCAUCGAGACCUUUGUGCGCUGCAUGGCCGUCGACUUUGGCGACAAGAAGAUCACGGUCAAUGCCAUCGCGCCAGGUGGCAUCAAGACCGACAUGUACCACGCCGUUUGCCGCGAGUACAUCCCCGGCGGCACCGAGUUGAACAACGAGGAGGUUGACGAGUACGCCGCCACCUGGUCACCCCUGAGACGUGUCGGUCUGCCCAUCGACGUCGCCCGGGUGGUUUGCUUCCUGGCGUCCCAGGACGGCGGGUGGAUCAACGGCAAGGUCCUCGGAGUCGACGGCCACGCGAUGAUGUAG